AUGAGUAAAAGUGAUGAACAGGCCUUAACGAAAGAAUCUGCUAAACUUCAUGCGUUUGCUGGCCAAAACACAACCCGUCGUUUUUCGCUGAAAUACAAUCUUGCCACGUCUGUCCAAAAGUUGUCUCUGUUGCUCCAACAAACGCCACCUAAGGUGACGUCACUCAAUGAAUUAUGGGAUUCAUGUCUUCUCAUAUUUCCCACCAUCGAAACAGACAUCAAUUUUCUGAACUUUUUUUAUCUCAUAGUUUCCCAUCCAAAGUACAUUUCAGCUCUUUCAUUAGAAAAUUCGUUGUACCUAACUUACAGAACAAAACUCAUCAAAACGCUUGAAUUAGUCAUAUCUGCGAUCUCGACGUUUUCUCUCAAAAUUGAUCUUCCAUCCGCUUCCAUUCGAGGAACAGCUGGGAAACUUCAUGCGGAAUUUGACGAGAGGACUUGUUCCUUUGAAACGGCAAGACCGGUGUUAUCCGCUCCAAAGAAAAAAUCACUCUUUUCGAAAUUUAAAAGAACUAAAACAGUUCCCGUCAUGACCGUGACGGAGGAAUUAAUUCCAUUUGCUGUUAAAAUAAUAGGACUUGGGUACUUUCGAGUACCCAUAUUCAGAGAAUGCUUACUCCUCGAUUUCGAAACGCACAUACAAUACAAAUCAACGUGGACUAUGAAGAAGGCACUUUCAAAACACUUUCCGUCUUUAAUGAUGUGGGACGACUUCGAUAGUAAAUUGAAGAAAGCAGAGCUCGAUGUCAAUAUCAAAGUCCUUAACAACGAGAAGUCGUUGUUUGUGAUGAUUUUCCAUGAAAUCGUUGUGUAUCUUGAGAAGCAGACAAUCAACAAAGUCAUUCAAUGGACCAUCUUCCAUGGGUUUGAUGUAUUACUCGAGAUGUACACAAGGGAGUACAAAGAUUUGAAUAUUGCAGAUGACUAUGUUCACGCUCUCGAUGGGAUAUUAGUAUCUUCUGUCCAUCCAAAAAUGAUCAAUUUCUAUAUGGAGACUGAGUUAUCACGAACAAAUAUGUACGAUGAAGGUGCUGUCUUGUCAACUAUAGCAGACCUUGAAUUCUACUUUUCUAAACUACGGACAAAGGUCUUGUUAUUGAAGAAAGACUUUGACGUUGAGUUGUUAUGUAAAUUUAUAGACACGAUCAUCGAGAGCGAAAAUGUUGUGACACUUCAGCGUAUACUGACAGUGUUAUACUCAUACGCAGACUUGUUUAGUGGAAAGGUGCGACAUACAUUCUUUAUCGAGUACUUGCUCGACAAGAAGUUUUUUGUGUUAGCAUAUUUUUGGGAGGAGAAUGUGAUCUCCCUCUUUGUUCAACUUCUUCUGUUCAAAGGGACAAUUGCGAAAGUGAAGAACAUUGAGAGUGGAGUAUUGGAAGACGUAGAAAAGAAGUUGUAUGACUUACAAGAACCAUUUGAGAAUAUUACACCGGCGCAACUUGAUUUGAACAUCAACAAGAAAGUCAGGCGCAAAUUUGAAAAAACAAAGGUCGAGAAAUUAAGUCGAAAACAGCGACCAUACUAUGAGUCGUGUGGAAGGAUAUAUGGCUAUUUCACUGAUAUGUAUAAUGAGUGGCAAGUCUCUGGAAGUGAUGUGUUCCCAAACCUAAUUUUCAUGCAUUCUGUCAAGGAGAAGGAUGAGAUCACACUUGCUUUGGAAAAUUGA